AUGAGGUCGACGUGGCUGGUGGCGGCUCUGUGUCUGGGGGUGGGUGUCAUGGCGGGGAAAUACUCCCGGGAUGUGAACCAGCCGCAGCCGGGAGGAGGUGAUGGGCAGACGGUGGAGUUCAGGAUAGCGAAGCUGAACCAGGUCUGGGAGAAGGCCAAGAGGAUGCAGCUGUCCCCGGUGCGACAGGCCGAGCUGCACAGCGACCUGAAGAUCCAGGAGAAGGACGAGCUGCAGUGGAAGAAAAUGAAGGUGGAGGGGCUGGACGACAACGGCGAGAAGGAGGCCCAGCUCCGGAGGAACUUCAACGUUCUUCUGGCCAAAUUCGGGAUGGACGGGAAGAGAGACACACGCUGGCCGGAGAACAACUCCCUAAAGGACCACGAGGUCAAAGAGGGAGACGAGUUCGACGACCCCAGGCUGGACAAACUCUGGAACAAGGUCUGUGCUCAGAUUUUGCUUCUGGCUAAAUUCGGGAUGGACGGGAAAAGAGACACACGCUGGCCGGAGAACAACUCCCUAAAGGACCACGAGGUCAAAGAGGGAGACGAGUUCGACGACCCCAGGCUGGACAAACUCUGGAACAAGGGCGACUCCAAAGAAGCUCUUCCCCAGAAACACAGCGAGCUGAAGGACCGGAUGAGGGACCUGAGCCACGGCUUCGAACGCCUCCGCAAGCUCAGCCACGAGGGCUUCAGCGAGGACAGCGAGUUUCGGGAGCCUCGUGUGAUUGAGCUGUGGGAGUCGGCAAAGAGAGCAAACCUCAGCAGGGACGAGCUGGACUCUCUCAAGGUCAGCUCACAGAAACCUUCAGAGGAAGUAAAGCAGCGUCUACUGUCACUGAGGCUUUUAGUGCCCUAA